AUGAGCAGCAAGGCCCCACCCACCCUCCUGCAGCUGGCAGGGCAUAGCCUGCUGGGGAAUAAAGUCCUGGCCCUCUCUGCUCUGGAGACACUGCCCACAGAGCUCUUCCCUCCUCUGUUCAUGGAGGCCUUAACAAGGAGACACACUAAUGUCAAAGCCAUGGUGCAGGCCUGGCCCUUCCCAUGCCUCCCCUGGGGACUCUCCCUGUUUCUCCUUAGGAGGUGGAAAUUACAGAUUUUGGACCUGCAAUCUGUGCACCAGAACUUCUGGAAGGUGUUUUCUGGAGCCAUGGUUGAGUACUGCAUAUCACAGACCAAGGGCAAGAACAAAGCAUUGGACAUCCCUCCAAGGACGGGGGUCCUUAGUCUGUUGGAGCUGGACUGGAUGGAGGAGGUGGAAAUGAAUUGUCCCUUGAUGCUGUACACACUGGCCAUGGUUGCUCCUUACCUGGGCCAGCUAAGAAUCCUGCGCAAACUUCGCAUCUCUCAAAUCUUUGUUCUGGCAUGCAUUUCUCCAGAACAGUAUGAGCAGCUUGUGGCCACCUUCACUUCUCAGUUCAGCAAACUCAGCUGCCUCCAACAGCUCUGUGUAAGCAGGGCCUACUUCCUGCAUGGCCACCUGCAGCAGGUGCUCAGGUGCCUGAAGACCCCCUUGGAGUCACUGUCAAUCACUCACUGCCAGCUUGCAGAAUCAGACUUGGAACAUCUGUCGCAGUGCCCAUGCAUCCACCAACUAAAACACCUGAGUCUGAAAGGAGUCCCACUGAUCUCUGUGCGAUAUGAAGCCCUCCAAGUUCUGCUAGAGAGAGUUGCAGACACCUUGAAGACCCUGGACUAUGAGAACUGUGGGAUCAGGGACUCCCAGCUCACUGCCCUCCUGCCUGCCCUGAGCCACUGCUCCCAGCUCACUAUGUUCAGCUUCUUUGGGAACCACAUCUCCAUGUCUGUACUGAAGGACCUGCUGCACCACACUGCCAGGCUGUGCCAGUUGAGCCAGGAGCUGUGCCCUGUCCCUCUGGAGAGCUACGGGUUCUGUGGUCACAGAGAGACUUACCCAACAUUGUGCUGA